CCGAAACAAUCGAACAUGAUCACGCGCCGCCGCCGGUUCCAACGGAAAAUCGAGCGCGAGGCGUUCAGUUGUUGAUUAGCACGCCUGAAACGGCGAAUGUGUACGGAAGCAGCGUGUUGCUGGUGCUGCGUGUGAGGACAUGUCUGUGAGCUUUUGUAGAUUUUUUGUAGUUUUAACCCAAGCCAUGCUUUUCUAAACACAACCGGGCAGCAUUGGUGUCGAUAGCCGUGACAGCUCUGUAGGCUGGAGCUCGUUUACACAUUUCUCCGAGGGGGCUACUCGACAGGGAAGAUGGAGAAGGGCUCCACGGGCGCUGCAGAACACAUCCAGCCGGUUUCGCCUUGUAAGGAUAAAAGCGACGAAGACACUUGCGACCCAGAUGCCCACAACUCCAGAGAAGGAAGCGGCGGAGCUACAGCGGGUCGAGCCAGAUGGACUCUGCUGAGACAGGUGUUGUGUCAGAAGAAGACCGACAGCCCUGAGCUUAAGCAGGUGUCUGUCCGCAGGUUUGCAACCUAUGACCUUUUUCGAAGGAAAAAACUCUCAGCACAAGAACACCGUGGUACCUCAGAUGACCAGUGGGUGGAGUACAGAAGUGUCUUCUAUCCAGAGUACAGUGCCUUCCUCAGGGAUAACCUGGGACCUCUCAAAGUUAACGAAGUGCUCAAUAGUUUCGACAACACUGGCAAUGUCUCUGCAGAUGCAGACAACCCGAUCAUCAACAUGGUUGGAUUGGGAGCAACAGCUUGCCCUUACUUGAAUUUGUGCUCAUACAUUAAUGUCUGAAGGAGUCCGAGAUGUCCAAAGUGUUUACAGUGAAGCUUUUGAGUCAGAAGUCUGAGUCUGUUUCAUUUCAGGGUUUUGGUGCUUAAAAUGCUACUGUGCCAUGCAGAAGCCUGCAUACGCCUUUAACCUUUUCACAUGUUGUCGAGUUACUACCAAAAAACCUCAGUGUAAUUUUUACAAUUUAGCUUGUUAUACCAACACAAACUAAUGCAUAUUUAUGGAGCAUUUGGAAAUAAGUCAUGUUUUUUUACAAAUUUUGCUAAAUAAAAAUGGGACCAGUAGACCAUGCACAUGUAUUCAACCCCCUGGGUCAGUACAUUGUAAAAUGUUUCAUUGCAAUUACAGCAACAGGUCCUCUGUUGUAUCUCUACAGUUUUUGGCCAUUCUUCUUUGCCAAACAGUUCACUCUCAGUUCUACUGGAUGUAGAGUGUCCAAGAAGAGCAAUUUUUUUCCCAUGGACUCUCCAUUGGACGAAGGUCUGGGUUGUUCUAUCACAUGAAUCUGCUUUGAUGUAAAUCAUUCAAUUGUAGCUCUGGCUGCAUGCUUAGAGUCUUUGUUCUGGCAAAAGGUGAACUCCCUUCCUCGUCUCAAGUAUUGUGCAGCGAUUUUUAAUUCCCAUCCAUGCUUUUUUUUUAUGUAUGCUUGAACUUGGCUCCAUCCAUCUUCCCAUCACCUCUAACCAGCUUACGUGUCCCUGCUGAAGAAAAGCAUCCCCACAGCCUGAUGCUGUCACUAUCAUGCUUCCCACUGGGGAUGAGUAGCUCUGAGGGAUGUAUAGUGUAAAAUGGCAAAAUGUGAUGGAAAGCGGAGGGACAUGGACACCUUUGCAAGGCUCUGGAUGUAAAUUGGAAUGAAAACAGGUGUUAUUAUGAGCAUGAAAGUGCAUCAUUGUUUCUCUCCUCUCGCACCUCUUUAAUUGUCUUUGAUGCCUGUUAUCUAAUUAAAAAAAAUAUUUCUGUUGGAUUUUGUAGACGUAAAAUGCUGGAGUGUUUCUUCUCUCACUUGCAGUACCACUUUUGGCCUUAGGAUGGGAGCAGUGGCUGCAGUUUUGCAGCCUCAAGCACACUUGAAUCGUCUCUCUGAACAACUGUAACCUUUCCUUCCUGGGAAAUGGACAAUAUAUGUGCAAGCUGCAGGAAUGUCACACCUAAUCUUCUGUAAGGAGUUCUGAGUGUUUUAUUUUAACUUGUCCGCUGCCGAUGAGGGCUUUGCAGAAUUGCACGUGUUUGUGUCUUUGUCGAGUUCCUCUUUAAUUUAUUGUACGUUAUUGGAACCAGUUCUGCAGAAAGGGCUACCAGUUGACUGCACAUUGUCACUCACUACAUAUUGGAUUUGAUGCAUGCUCUUAUGUGUGCUUUUAAUUGAUUGACCCGUUGUUAUGAAUCUGCUUUUGGUCGCCAUUAGUCAAUACAGGCAGGCCCUUAGUAUUCCUGGAAGAGACGAAGAAAGGAAAAGAAGGGAAGAAAGGGGGGAAAAAGGGUAAGAUAUUGAUCAAGUGCUGUAUGCAUCAAAUUCCAACUUUACCUGACCUUCCAAACUGCUGGCAUCAUCAUCGUAGCACGCCACUAAUGUCCCCUUCUUCCCCUGCAUUCCCCCUGCCUUCCUCUCUCCACCGUCCUUUUGUCUCAGCUCCGUUUGGAGUGUGUGUGUGUGUAAGUGAGAGAGAUAGUGUGUGUGCAUGUGUAUGCUUGAGCUGCAGAUAAAGCCUAAAUUGAGCUGUUUUGAUUGUUCGCUGAGAGUGCCCGCAGCACAAGGCCCCUCGGCUGAGAAGCGCACACACACUCGCUCACGUUCAGUCCCUCUCCGCUUGUCUUUUUAUUAAGCGGUGCUGGCCACAGCAAGAAAAAUUCUUGUAAUUAGAAGUCAGAAUAACUUUCUGUCUCAGGAAUUAGACAGGCUGUUUGUUAACACCCAUCUCAGGCUCUUUAUAUCUUAUUUUUUUUGCAACCACUAAUCAGGGUGUACGCAUCUUGUUUUUUUUUUUUAGCUUAAGGCUUAACUAUGGGGAGGGUGUUUACUGGAAGGUUACUUGGAGAAAAACACAUUUUAGACGCUUGAACUGUUACUUCAGCAUAAGCUUGAACCAAGGCCAUCCUUAACUGUGGGCAUUAAAUGUUCAGUACUUCUGAAUCUUUCUAAUUCCAAAUAUGAUUUGAUUAGAAAAAAUUGAAAUAGCAACCGAAUGUUAUGUCAUAAUUGCAAAUAAAUAGUUGCUUCACAUUCAAACUACAUUCCUAAACAUUAUUCUGAUGCCAGUCGUGCCACAGAUCCCUUGUCUGAGUCUGAAAACCCCCCUCGUCUAUUUCUAAAUGACAGGUGGAAACUCUGAGAAAUAUCCCCAAAUACAUAUUCCCUGUUCAGUUUUCAUAUUCUUUUUUUAUUGCUGUUUUGGAAUAAGAACAGCUAAUGUGAUAUUUUCUUUAUUUGUUUGGGUGAAAGUGAUCAUAAAAUGAAAAUGAUUGCUACACUCGAGAUGACAGAUCACAUGUGUUAGGACAAGGGGAUAUUAAACCAGACAAGCUUUAAGUGACAAACGGAUAAUUAAAGAGGGUAAUUAAUGUAAAAUGCAUAUGAGUAAUAACAUUGUUAACUGAGAUCUUUAAAGACACAUUGGUACGAAUGUAACAGUAGAUUUAGCUCAUGACAGGAGAAUAUACAUGAUGUGGGUUCAUGAGAAUAAUACGACAGGAAAUGUAGAAUAUUGUAAGGUUUUCUAUCAUGUAAAAAAGCAUUAAAAUAAUAA